AAAGUGCGAGCGAGCGAGCGAGCGAGCGAGCGAGUGAUCCACGUCGAGAUCCACAGUCUGUCGGCCUCCCUACCUCCCUGCCUUCCUGACCGAUUGACCGACCUCCCUGGUUCUGAUGAGGUGGACCGAUUGAUGAGUCGAUCCAUUGAACUGGCCAGUUCCCGAGCGAUCGUGUGAUCGAGGACCCCGAGGACCCCGAGGACCUUGACUGAUAACCGUCUACAGACCUUGACGGGGCGAGGCCGGGAUUGGUUGAUCCAGCCCAUUCUUGCUGGCUGUCCAUCCAUCGUGUCUCCUGUGUAUGGGAGUGAGUGGGAGUGAGUGGGAGUGAGUGGGAGUGGCGACUCAGGAGCCGGAGCAUCAUGUCCGCUCAAGGAUCGACGUGGCCUUUGAUUCGGCUGGAUUUCCAAGUGUGGGGCCGAGUUCAAGGCGUGUUCUUCCGCAAGGUGAGUCCAUCCCAUCCGUGUCUGAUGCAGGUCUGAUGUCGUCCGCCCCAUCCGUGACCUUGGCCUUGGCCAUUCCCUUGAAAGACCAUUAGUGGGUGAAUAGGGAUUGGAUCCAGCUUUGUCAUCGUGGCGGUUAGCCUGGAUCGGCGGGUGCCAGGCCGGCCCUCAUCAUGGGCUCGUCCCACGAAUCGUACGUGCUCCGUUGGAAUGAGUUCCAAUCCAACAUGGCUCAAUGUUUCCAAGAAUUCCGCCAAGACGACGAAUAUCUGGAUGUCACCUUAAGUUGCGACGAAGAAGCCGGCGGCCAAAUCCGGGCUCACCGCGUCAUUUUGGCCGCCUCGUCGGCCUACUUUCGCCGCAUCCUAGCUCAAAACCCCGCCCCCCAUCCCAUUCUGUUGAUGCCGCCCAGCGUCACUUUGGGCCAAUUGGCCAAUCUUAUCGACUUCAUGUACAACGGCGAAGUGUGCGUCCUGCAAGAGAACAUUGACGCCUUUAUGAAAUUGGCCGAAAUGAUGAAGGUCAAAGGCUUGGUCGAGGAAAAAGCCCGGCCGCAAAUCCCUAAACUCCCGCCCGGCUUGAAUGUGCGGCGCCAACCCGUGGCCUCGCCCGCCUCGCACACCGCACGCGCCCCGCCCGUCUUGCCCUCGCCGGCCAAAAGAGCCCGACCCAAUCCGACUCGGGGAUCACUAGCGCCGCGCGGUCGGGGCGGAGCCGGGGCUUCCGGCGGGCGUCCGAGCUCGUCGCGGGCCGCACCCUUACCCCCGCCCAGUUCGGCCGCUUCGGCCGUCCACGCCGCGCCUCAUCUCGAGCCGGAGCCGGACUUUGAUGAUGGCUAUGACGACGCCCCGGCUUACCCCCCGGCCACGGCCAAAAACCCGGCCGGCCCAUCCGGAGCCACGGAUCGGGCCGGCGCUUCAGGCACGCGAUUGAUCGCUUUGCAAUGUCCCAAGUGUCCCAGCCGCUUGCCCGGCGUUGACGCCUUCAAAGAGCACAUGGAAAUGUAUCACGUGGAAGGAGACGAAGGCGCCGCGGGCAGUGGACUGGCCGACGUGGCCAGUGAGCCUGAACCCGUGGAUCAGGAGCACGCUUGUGACAUCUGCGGCAAAGUGUUGAAAACGCGUAAGACCCUGAUUAACCACUGCAAACGCAUGCACGGCGGUUUCGGCGAGGCCAAAGAGCCCGAAACGCCGGAGCCCGUGCCGGAGUCGGAACCGGCCGACCACUUCCCGGAACUCCCGCUGAACGAAAACGAACUUCUGGAUAGUGGCUCGCCGGAGAUGACCCGACCCAAGGGCCAAGCGCAAAAAUAUAAUAAGCCGCCCGCCGCUCCCGCUUCCGGAGCUUCCAGCCAGGAUCUGCUCGAGCCUCGGCCCUUCGGGGCUGGCACGCCACGUGGACCCCAACGACCCCCUCAAUCUCGACCUCAUAUGUUAGCGUCGCCGGCCGAUCUAGCCCACCCCUCUGGAUCCGGUGCCAAGGGCGCCUCCCGCCCGCACCCGAGCCAAGCUGAUUAUAGCAUGCGGGGCGCUCGACCCGAUAUUCGGAAAAUCGGCAUGCGAUUGGGUGGCAAGAUCUCCAUCUCGUCCAUGGAGUCCAGCUCACCUCGGCCCACUGCCGAUCGUAAGCAAGGCUUGAGCAUUACGAAGCUCAAGGGUGAGGGUGGGCCCGCCGGUCGUCAAAGCCCAGCCGCCACAGUGCUACAGCCUCGUCCCGGUCCCUCGAGAGGAUUGGGAUCGGAUAUGCCGCCCAUAGUUAAGCAAGAACCCCAUGAGCACUACGAGACGGCCAAUCCGAACGAGCAUUUGUAUGAGGAUGACUAUUCGCACGAUUCACAACCGGGUGGACCAUCCAAUUUGGCUUCGAGCUCUAACGCACCCCAGCAUCAAUACGGGCCGGACACGGGUCACGAGGUGAUGAGAGGCGACGAGGCCAAUAUGUAUCCGUAUGAAGAUGAAGAGGAUUAUGAAGGCUAUGACGAGGAAUCGUACAAUAAUUUGCCCGAGGAGAGCCAUUGAUUUUAAUACCCCCCUGCUCCUUCGUCGCAGUAGCCAGAACGGGAGGACUCGUUUAAUAAACCGCCUCAUGUUGCAUUGUCACUUCGACAAUUGACCCUCGAGUCACGUUCAUUCGUUCAUUUAAUUUCCAUCGCUCUUGUUUCUCUUUCUUUUUUUGUGAAGUGCACCCAAUCCGAAGCCAAGAAAGUCGGGGUUCGUGGCUGGAUUCGGAACACUCCCC